AUGAACUGUCCCUCUCGAACCGAUGAUGACGUCCUCCUCAACCCAACCUGGAAUCAGAACCCACCGUGCUUUGCAGCAGAUCUUACGACAUGCCAAGAUCUAAAUGGAAUUGCGAAUGCUAGGGAGCUAGGUGAUGCGGAUCGAUUGCGCAGCGGCGCCCAAGGUCUCAGACACUGCGAUGUGGACGAAUAUCAAUUCCAAGAGAAGGAAAAACAAUUGCUUGCGCUUGGGGAGGGUGUCAAGGGUCCUUCAAAAGGACCUUGCACCCGCACAAUCGCAAUCGUGAGAGAAGAACACCGAGCUGGCGUCAGCACAGCUGAUCGCAGGAUGUCGCAGACGACGUUAAAGAGCUGGGGUCGCUGGAUCCUCUCGGUGCUGUGUACUUCCAUUCUCAUCAAUUCUAUUCUUUAUAAUGCUGUUCGACUUACAUUCAUAGGUACCCCUGUGACCCACCACUACCUUAAGAGAGAUGGUUGUGCCGUAGGAGGCGCGCAGCCUGACUACAACCUACCCUUCCAUGUUGGAGGCCUCUUCAUCAUCCUUUUUGUCUCCUCAACCGCCUGCGCCUUCCCAAUCCUGGUAAUCAAGUUUCCUCGUCUGCGCAUACCUGCCUCGUUUCUCUUCAGUGCAAAGCAUUUUGGAACCGGCGUUUUGAUUGCGACAGCGUUUGUGCAUCUUUUACCUACAGCAUUCUUGUCACUCAGCGACCCAUGUCUAUCCUCUUUCUGGACAGAAGACUAUCAAGCGGCACCCGGUGCGAUUAUGUUGGCUAGCAUCUUCUUUGUGACAAUCAUCGAGAUGGUCUUCUCUCCGGGCCGGCAUUGUUGUGGCGGCAACGAGGGAGUCAAAGGCGUUGCCCGUGACAACGUACAAGAAAAGGAAGACGAAGUGCGCACGGCGCCAGAGCUCCAGGCCCAAAUGAAAAGGACCUAUUCUGACGGCAGCAUGCAAGACCAAGUUCGCUCAAUGGGCAACCUGAGAGGCAGGGUUACCAGCAUCAGCCGUACUCUCUCCCAAUACCGUGCGGAGAACCAAAGACUCGACGCCAUUGAAUCUGCUGGAGAAGAAACUCAGGCUGAAGUCGGCAGGAAGAACAGUAAUGAGAGUGCGAUCGAAGACCCCGAAAGCAGUCAGCAGAGCUUCCAGAUGACGCCCGGGCAAGUUCAAAAGAAGGCCGUGCUACAGUGCUUCCUCCUAGAAAUGGGUAUCCUGUUCCACAGCAUCUUCAUCGGCAUGUCUCUUGCCGUGGCCAUUGGUAACGACUUCGUUGUCUUACUUAUCGCGAUCAUCUUUCACCAAACAUUCGAAGGCCUCGCCCUCGGCGUCCGCAUCGCCGCCAUCUCCUGGCCCGCCCGUUCUCCCCAACCGUGGCUCAUGGCCAUAGCAUACGGCUGCACUACGCCCCUCGGCCAAGCAAUCGGCAUCGCAACGCACACCCUCUACAGCCCCGACUCCGAGAUCGGACUCCUCGUUGUCGGUAUUAUGAAUGCUAUCUCUGCCGGGUUCCUUGUCUUCGCCUCGCUCGUAGAGCUCAUGUCAGAAGACUUCUUGAGUGACGAGAGUUGGCAGGUGCUGAGGGGAAAAAAGAGGGUUGUGGCGUGCUUGUUGGUCUUCUUUGGAGCUUUCUUGAUGAGCCUUGUUGGAGCUUGGGCUUGA